AUGUCGGGACCCAACGAGAAAGCUGCCAACGGCAACGUCAAGGCCGAAUAUGACCAAGCCGAACGGCGUAACUCUGCCAAACGUGCCUCAAUCGAUUUUGAGGCGCAAAAGCAGCUUCGAACUGUCGAAGCCGGUCUGUCCCCCGAGCAAGUUGACGCCAUCAUCAAUGUCGACCCCAAAGAGGAAGCACGGAUUCUCCGCAAGAUCGAUUUCCGUCUCGUGCCGAUGCUGGCUCUGUUGUACCUUCUCGCCUUCAUAGAUCGUUCCAACAUUGGAAACGCUCGCAUUGCUGGCAUGUACGAUGAUUUGUCGCUUCAGGGUCUGAAGUACAACGCCGCCGUCACCAUCUUCUUCGUGCCAUACACGCUGCUGGAAGUACCGUCGAACAUCGUCCUCAAGAUGCUCCGUCCUUCAAUAUGGCUGUCCAUUCUCUGCUUCGCUUGGGGCCUGGUCAUGACGCUGAUGGGACUCGUUGAUUCCUACGGCGGUCUCCUUGCUGCGAGAUUCAUGCUCGGUGUCGCUGAAGCGGGAUUCUUCCCCGCGGCCACGUAUCUCCUCACGAUCUGGUACCGUAGAUAUGAGGUGCAGCGGCGCAUGGCUGUGUUCUACGCCGCCGCAUCUUUAUCUGGUGCAUUCUCUGGCCUCCUGGCUUUCGGCAUCGAAAAGAUGGACGGAAUUGGAGGACGCAGAGGGUGGCAGUGGAUUUUCUUGCUCGAAGGACUGGCACCUGUUGCCGUGAGCUUUGGUCUAUACUGGCUGCUACCCGACAACCCAGAGACAGCGAGCUUCCUGACCAAGGAAGAGAAGGAGUUCAUCAUCAACCGCUUGGCACUAGACACUGGUUCAAAAGCGCCAAAGGGUGGCCGGGUCACGAACAACGAUAAAAUCGGUAUGCACCACAUUAAGGCUGCCUUUGCCGAUUGGCGCAUCUGGGUCGCCAUCAUCAUGUUCUGGGCCAACACAAUCGGCGUCUACGGUUUCACCGCAACCGUUCCUGCAGUCAUCAACGGCCUGGGCUAUACUUCUGCGCAAGCUCAACUGCUCACUAUUCCGGUCUACGUCUUCGCCAUGAUCCUCACCCUAUCUUCGCAUGGGCUUCCGACAGAAUGCAACAGCGCUCUCCGUCUGACAUACGCAUUCCUGUUCGUCGUGGCAGCAGGACUGUACGCACCAUUCAUCUGCAUUGUCUGCAUCAUUGGCAACAACCUCGCACCGAGCAGCAAGCGGGCUGUUGGCAUGGCGCUCCUCAUCUCUGUCGGCAACAUGGGCGGUAUCGCCGGAAGCAACAUCUACAUCGCCCGCGAGGCCCCGAACUACACCACUGGCUUCUCCACUUCUCUCGCAAUCUGCGUGUGCGGCAUCAUUGCCGCGUUCGUGCUGCGCACGGUUUACGGCCGCGAGAACAAGCGUAGAGAUGCAUUCAUGGAAGGCAAGACCGAGGAAGAGAUCACAUCGAUGUAUACCGAGCAGGAGCUCUUGGACUUGGGUGAUCGGAAUCCAUUCUACAGAUAUACCUAUAGACGAAAUCAGUCCAAGGGAUGUCGUGCGACCCCAGAGGUGGCCGUGCGGGUUUCUAUCCGCAGGAUGUCGUGCAACUAUAGCGCUGGCCGUGCAGCUUGGCAAGACGGCACGCUCUUGGAAGAGUGA